UUGGGAAACAUAAAACGGGUGGAGUCUACACUGGAAACUGAAAUUAGAACUCUACGAAGAGAAGAGAAGAGAAGAGUAGUGCUUAGCAAUGGCGUCAUCGUCGAGCAGCGUCUUAACGUUCAAGCUCCACCCGCUCGUUAUACUAAACAUAUCGGAUCACUACACUCGGGUCAAAUCUCAGUCUCACUCCUCCGCCAACGACGGUGCCGAUUCCUCUCCGCCACCACCGCCUAGGGUAUUAGGUUGCGUUAUCGGCGUACAGAGAGGCCGCACUGUCGAGAUAUUCAACAGCUUCGAACUCCUUUAUGAUCCCUCGACUCACUCCCUCGACCGGCCUUUCCUCGAAAAGAAGCAAGAACUCUAUAAGAAGGUGUUUCCUAAUUUCUAUAUACUGGGGUGGUAUUCAACUGGGAGUGAUGCUCAGGAAUCAGAUAUGCACAUUCACAAAGCUUUGAUGGAUAUCAAUGAAAGUCCUGUCUACAUUCUUCUCAAUCCUUCUAUCAGUCGUGCACAGAAGGACUUGCCAAUCACUAUCUAUGAAAGUGAGUUGCACAUCAUUGAUGGCAUCCCACAGCUUAUUUUUGUCCAAGCAAGCUACACAAUAGAGACGGUUGAAGCUGAACGGAUUUCUGUUGAUCAUGUCGCACAUCUUAAACCAUCUGAUGGAGGCUCUGCUGCAACUCAGUUGGCUGCGCACCUUACCGGCACACAUAGUGCCAUCAAGAUGCUGAACAGCAGAAUUAGAGUGCUACAACAUUAUCUUCUUUCUAUGCAAAAAGGUGAAAUCCCUUGUGAGAAUUCAUUGCUCAGGCAGGUCUCCAGUCUUUUAAGAAGAUUACCAACAAUUGAGUCGGAGAGAUUUCGAGAUGAUUUCUUGAUGGAAUAUAAUGACACAUUGUUAGUUAGUUACCUGGCCAUGUUCACCAACUGCUCUAGUACAAUGAACGAGUUGGUUGACAAAUUCAACACUGCAUAUGAGCGGCAUAGUAGGAGGGGUGGUAGAACUGCUUUUAUCUGAAAGUUGAUAUAUCUCCAGUAUUGCCUUUUUGCGCGCUGUCUUUCCCGCUGUAGUUGCAGCAUCUGCGAGUUUUGGUAUCCCAUUCAUGAAAAUUUAGGAAUCAUUAAGUAGCUUUGUUUUUAUUUUGCCUCCCUUUAGCGUUAGCCUGCCCAUUUCUUUGAUUCUUGUGGUGCAAAUACAAUCAUAGAUAUAAUAGAAAAUGACAGGAUUUUGGGGACAGAAGCUAUUUAUAUUUGGAAACGUUUUUGCAGAACAUGUGAUAAUUUUAAGGGGAAAGGUUAAAAAUUGCUUAUGUACUAUACGAGAUUGAGAAAGUUUA